AUGCCGCCACAGAUCAAACAAGACCUUAACCGGUCAGGCUGGGAGUCUACCGACUUUCCCUCCGUCUGCGAGAGCUGUCUCCCCGAGAACCCAUAUGUGCAGAUGCUCAAGGAAGACUACGGCGCUGAAUGCAAGAUCUGCACCCGCCCAUUCACAAUCUUCCGCUGGAAAGCAGACCGCACCGCGCGCACCAAACGAACAAAUAUCUGCCUAACAUGCGCCCGCCUCAAAAACUGUUGCCAGUGCUGCAUGCUCGAUCUCUCCUUCGGCCUGCCCAUUGUCAUCCGCGACGCAGCCCUGAAAAUGGUCGCACCCGGUCCUCAAAGCAGUAUUAAUCGAGAAUUCUACGCUCAGAACCACGAAAAGGAAAUUGAAGAAGGUCGUGGUGCAAUCGAGGCAUAUGAGAAGACCGACGAGAAGGCACGUGAACUGUUGAAACGGUUGGCGAAUAGUGAGCCGUAUCAUAAACGACAGCGUCGUAUUGAAGCGCCUGAAGACGAAGAGGAGACAAGCGCGCAGACGGAAGAAGGGGCUCCGAGACGGAGUAUGUAUGGUAAUGGACCGGGUCCGAUUCGUACGAGCGAUACUCGACGAGGAGCUGCAUUCAAUGGACGCGGUGGUGGUCGAGGUGGUAGCCGGGGUGGUCGCGCAUUCCCGCCUACAACGCAGCUUCCCCCAUCAGCCGAAGAUAUCAAGCCACCCGCCGACCCCAAAAUCACAUCCCUGUUCGUUACUGGUGUAGAGGAUGAUCUACCGGAACAUGAAGUACGCACAUUUUUCGAGCAGUUCGGUCAACUACGCUCACUCAUCUGUUCGCAUCGUGCCCACUGCGCGUUUGUAAAUUAUGCGACUCGAGCUUCCGCCGAAGCCGCAGCCUUACAAUGUCAGGGAAAAGCGAUCAUCAAAGGAUGUCCAUUGCGAGUGCGAUGGGGUAAACCCAAGCCGUUGGAUAGUAUGGCUGACGAGGAACGGAAACGCAAUGCUCGGGAGGGUCGACAGUUGCUUCCGCCCAGUCGACCUGGUCAAGGUCAACGGGCUAUUGCUGCCGCUGGCGAUGCUGCUCAGACGGAAAAACCCAAGUUCACCGUUGCGCCGCCACCGGGUAGCAGUGAGAUACAAUACGCCAGUCUGUCUGGCGAGUAG